UGACCGGCCGUGGACGCGUACAGAGUACAGACUGUAAUAUUUUAAAUCAAAUUCCUUGUGUUCUGGUUGUUGCCAUGUACGAAGACUCGCUAAUAUUUUUGCCUGUGGAAAGGUGGAGAGAUCUCAUGAACGAGUUUAAAAACUUAUUUCCUCGAGGAAUAUCUGGGUAUACCACUCUUGAUAUUGAAUUAUGCAUUCUUGAAAACGGCGUCGAAUAUGGAUUCAAAGUUUACUGUCCUUACGGUGAUUUAUCGAAUGGCUUUGUAGGCAUUAACAAAAAAGCUGAAUUCAACGAAGUAAUUAUUCAAUCCCCUAAAGAUGACACAAGUGAGCUUAUAAAAGCUCUUAAAGAAACAAAAAUCAUAAACUGGAAACAAUCUUUGGAAAUACCAUUUGCACCACAACACAUAAAAAAUGUCUUGUUGGCAAUACAGAGUGAAAAAAAUUUUGAAUUUACCAGUAUUACAUCAACUGAAACUUUUUAUUUAGAAAACAAUGCACCAAUCUAUGAUAUCACAUUACCACCAGGGUUUUCAUUCAAGUUGUUACCUAUAGAGUAUGUAAAACUAGUAGAUGAUGUUUGGCCACAUCGCUACCCAUCUUCGGUGUGGUACUUCGAGCUGCUAAUAAAAGCCAAACUUGGUUAUGGACUAUUCAAUAACAACGAACUUAUAGCCUGGUGUUUUGUCAAGGAAAUGGGCGCACUUGGACACCUCUAUACAUUAGAACAACACAGAAGAAAGGGUUAUGGUGAAAUGGUACUGAAGCUAAUGUCAAAUAGAUUGAGAGAAGAAGGCAAACAGGUCGUGGCGUUUUGCGUUGUUGGCAAUCAGAGUGCUAGGAAUAUGUACGUGAAACUCGGGUUUAGUUUGACGGAGACCGUCCAUUGGUGUAAUAUUAAACCUAUAUCAAACGAUUGAGUGAUUUUACAGUAUUUAAAUAUGAAAAUUGUUUAUUAUUGUGCAGCAAUUGUGAUAAAAACAUAGAAAGUAGGUUAGUCCUUUUGCAAAUUAUUCACUCUUAGUAGAGAACAGAAAUGUAUGUAACACUUGUAAUUCUAGGAAUUCAUUAAAACUCGACCUCUUUCUUUACGUUUGUAUUAUUUUCUUUUACUUUUAUACAAGUGCUUCUGAAGUGUAAAUUGGAUUUUACAAAAUAACUUUAUAUUAGUUAAGUACAUAUUUGUGGAGCAGGGUUGAUAAUAUAUGAGGUUUCAUUGUUUAAAUAAGUACUGUAUUUAUUAUACUGAGCCAUUUUAAUCUAGUUAGUAUUUUUCUCAUAUUUUUCUAUUCAUAUAAUUGUAAAAUUCAAAAUAAAUUAUUUUAAUAAUA